CGGCCGGUCGUCCCUUCGGAGCAGGCCUGGGCCCGGUGGCUGGGGUUGGUCGGCGGCGGUGCCAGAGCGGUGGGUAGAGCCUGAAAGAUGACAACCGCGGCGAGGCCAACGUUUGAACCUGCGAGAGGAGGGAGAGGGAAAGGAGAAGGGGAUCUGAGCCAACUCUCGAAGCAGUAUUCAAGUAGAGACCUCCCUUCUCAUACCAAGAUAAAAUACAGACAAACCACUCAGGAUGCCCCGGAAGAGCUUCGGAGCCGAGACUUCCGGAGAGAGCUGGAGGAGAGAGAGCGAGCCGCUGCCCGGGAGAAGAACCGAGAUCGCCCCACCCGGGAACGCACCACCUCCUCGUCGGUGUCCAAGAAGCCCCGCUUAGACCAGAUCCCCGCCGCCAACCUCGAUGCGGACGACCCUCUCACCGACGAGGAAGAAGAAGAUGGAGAUUUUGAAGAGGAGAGCGAUGAGGACGAUACUGCAGCUCUCCUCGCCGAACUGGACAAGAUCAAAAAAGAACGCGCCGAAGAACAGGCCAGGAAGGAACAGGAACAGAAAGCUGAAGAAGAAAGGAUUCGGAUGGAGAAUAUCCUGAGCGGCAACCCGCUCCUCAAUCUCACCGGCCCGGCCCAGCCUCAGAGCAACUUCAAAGUUAAGAGAAGGUGGGACGAUGACGUCGUUUUCAAGAACUGUGCAAAGGGCGUGGAUGAUCAGAAGAAAGACAAAAGAUUUGUCAAUGACACGCUGCGGUCCGAGUUUCACAAAAAGUUCAUGGAGAAAUACAUUAAAUAGCUAUGGCCGUUUUAUGUGCUUCAUUAAAGGCUGUAAAAUGUAAACGAUCGCUCUGACUUGAUUUGGUGACUGUUUUCCACCCCAGCCAGACUCUGAAUGGUCUUCCUUGAUUUUAAUCCCCCGGUGCUUUUUUUUUCCCCUCUCUCUCUACUAGUGCUUCUUUAAGUGUUUUUUGCUUUUUUUAGCGUGGGAAAGGAAAUCUGCUUGUAAUACUUUUGGUGAUCUAAAUUAAAUAAAUGUAGGACCUACCAGG